UUUGAUGAAACCAAGGCAUUGCGUUAUCUGGUUUUUAUUAUCGGAGGAAAAACCAAUAACGAUUCGUACAGAUAUUAAAUAAUUAUGCUAAAAUUGGGCCAAUAAUAUCAGUCGGCCGAUAUUAAUCCUAAAACAUAUAUGUGUAACAUCACUAAUACGUGUGUGUAUCCACAUAUACAUUGCAGAGCCUCUGCAAAAAAAAAAAAAACACAACUUAAUAUAGUUUUCAAUUUUUCUGUUCAAUUAGAUGGAUAUUUCAUAUGCACUCGAAUCUCGAAAAAAAAGAGCUACAGCUUAUUAAAGUACUAUAAAUUAUUGAAAUGUGUUCCAGAGUUUAAAUAGAUCUAUUGUCGUUUGGAUGGGGUUAUUGUUCUGUUGUUCCGUUUGAAAAUAUUUGUUCAACAUUUAUUGAUGUAUUUCUUUUCCAGUUGAAUUAGGCGUAAAUCACAGUUUCACACGGGCAUUUAUUCUGUGACACCGCGGCGUUCGACAGCAAAAUAUGUCCGUGUUUGACUAAAACAGGACUACGCGUGACUUUGUAAAAAAAACCAAAAAAACUAAGUGAAUAAAGGUGUAGCUUUCUUAAGGGAGUUAUGGUCCUGGUCCAGGAUUAAUCCAGAAAUGCAGGCGGAAUUUCGAGCACCGAGGCGAAGGAAUCGAGUGCAGGAGGAUUUUGAGGCUUCGCUGCCGGUGAGCCACAGCUCCCGGAAGAGAGCGCAGCUGCGGGCAGAGCUCAUCAACCAACAUGUGUUGGUCUGUCGGCCCGAAGACAUCCAGAAGAUCUACUCUCAGGGAUAUUUUGGGAAAGGCAUCCUGUCCAAAGCCAGACCAGACCACAGCAUCUCUGACCAAUGGGAGUAUCAUGAAGGUUUGCUUUUCCCUGUGAUCUCAUCGUCCAGUUACCGGGAGUUGCUUCAAUGGGCGCGAGCAUUUCUGUCUGCGCAGGGGUGGGACAAUGAGGCCAUCAGUCAAAUGAUGACCAACCUGUCUCGGCCUGUGCAGAUUGAGGAUGUGAAGAAGGAGGUGGAUGGUGAGUGUCCAGUAGUAGAGGGUGGAGUCGGCCCCUUCACCAAGAGGCCAAGGUCAGAGGUCAAUCCAAAGGCCAAGAGAAGCUGCAGUCAAAGCUCACACCUGGAUAGAGACUUGGACCCUGAACUUGACCAUGACCGUGUGUCUCGCACUGCCAAUAGUGAUCCUGAUUCAGAGCAUGUGGUUUCUGGUGCUGGUUUUGUCCUAGUGGUCUUUGAAGAGGAGGUCAGGGAGCUGAGGCGGAUUCCAGUCCCAGUGACAGAGUAUCUGCAGCUCAGUCUGGAGGAGGCCUUCUUCCUGGUCUAUGGGCUGGGCUGCCUGUCUGUCUGUCUGAACCAGGAGCCACUCUCGAUCCUCCAGCUGUGGAAAACAUUUCGAGCCCAGCGACCUGACUUUGUCUGUUCGUACGCGGCUUACCAUUACUUUCGCUGCAAGGGGUGGGUCCCUAAAGGAGGAGGCGGGGCCAAGUAUGGCGUUGAUUUUAUGCUGUACAGAAAAGGUCCACCAUUCUACCAUGCCAGUUACUCUGUGGUGGUGCAGCCUGUGAACAGUGAGUACAAGGGAACAGGGACACGUCCCUUCACGUGGCGUUCUCUUGCGGCUCUAAACAGAAUCACUACCAAUGUCUCUAAGGAGCUGUUGUUUUGUUACGUUGUCUUUCCAGCCAACCUAUCAGAUGCUGAACUGGAGUCACCACAAUGUCUGAGCAGGCUGAAGGUUCAGGAAGUGAUUGUCAGCAGAUGGAUUUCCUCCAGAGAGCGGGCAGAGCAGGAUGACAUCUGAAUAUCUAUUGUUGAAAAACAAAUUUUUAACAAAAAUGAACUAAAGUAUAUAAUGUAGGUCUACUCUGAACAAAUAGAAACAUGCAGCGAUGUUUCUUCCUGUGUGAUUUGUUUUGUCUUCAGUUUAUUCCUCCCGAUGUUAAUUCCAUCGGGAGGUAAGUUAGCAUGAUUUGCUAAUCAGAAUUUAAGUCGAACCAAAAUAUAUCGGCUAAUCGACU